AUGAUACUACUGCACUUACGAGAUCAUGGCAGAGGCUCCGAGGCGUUCACCUGGCUCUCAACUCCAUGUAUCAUGGCUACCCAGCAGCCGGCUAGUCCCACGAUUAACGCGUGGUUAAACGGCCAUUUUAGGAAGAUCGCUCUAAGAGGGAGCCACUUGCGAGUCCUUCUCGGCUUGAAUCUUUGGACAAAGCUAGCAUCCUUUAGCCAGACGCAUAAUGUUGAGCAACCAACAACACACCAUCUCGACGAGCGAUUCGCUGAGCCCAAAGGCACUCCUCUGGUCUUGGUUUAUUUGUCUUAG